AGCCCCUGUUGGCUCUAAAGAAAUCGAAGGAUUACUCGGGCAUGAUCGGGCGAAGGGCAACGGUGCUGUAGAGCAUGGACUUUGACAUCCGUGAUCGGAAGCACGAGAGACACGAGAAUGCAGACGGACUCACACGACUGCACCGGCCUGAGAAAGUUCCGAAGAGUGCGGAGGUGAUUCCGUGGAACGAACUUGAACAGGAGAUCGGACCUCGGUACGGCCAAGUGGAGAUCCUGGCGAAGUCAGUAYAGGUGACGUGGACGCAGAYCAGCGAGCAUCCUGCGUGGAUCGAAAAUCCGGAGCUGCUGAUCAUCCAAGCUUGGAGGACUAAUGUGGAGGGUGAUCUUCUUGGCUUUCUCUUUGGAUCGGUACAGCCGGGGCGCCGCCAGCUGAUUGCACAGGAUSACAUCGCGCYGAUCGUGCAAUUGGYRGRCGAUCUCUCGCCCGACAUCUAUUCACAGAGUGACGACAAUCCUGCUCCGCACGUUCUCGAGCGAUCAUUGGAUCCAUAUCUUCAGUGGACUGCGUGCUUGGAGGAGCCCAGGGACAUACAUACGUUGUCGUCGCGGCAGGAGUAUCUGAAGCCGUACGAUAUCAUCCCUCACGCCUUCUAUCCGAGGGCAGAGGAAGUGAUGAUCGACGGCGAUGAAGAAGAGGACGAAGACGAGGAAACAUCGGAGGAGGGAAGCUAUAGCAAAUAUAGCGAGGCGGAGCUGAGUGAAGAAGAAGAGGAGGAAGAAGAAAUCGGAUCUGAGUGGGAGGCCUUGCCGGAGGAAGCGACGCGCACGGGAACGGAGGCGGAAGAUCCGGAAGAGGCGCGAAAGCGCGAAGAAAUUGCCACCGGGAAGCGCCAGCUGGAGUUUGCCAGCGAAGCUAGCCUGCGCAUCGGUAACGAUCCGACCAGGGAUCCAGAGCCGCCAAAGCCCGAAGAUGGCGACCCUGCAGCCGCCACCUCAAGUACUGCGCGACGGAGACGGAGUCGAUCCCCCUCCUCCCCCAGCCCCACCCGUCCCUCAGUUCGCCCACGUACAGAUGCGGGCGAUAGGCCUUCGUCCUCGGAUGCUAUCCCGCCGACCUCUUGAUUUUCUCMCCCUCGAACAGAUCCGCGACCUGUCACCUUCCCUCCCCAUCCCUUCCUCCCCCAUCUCUUUCGCGA